UAGCUGAUCUUCCCAAACAAUUGUUGAUAGAGAAAGUGCUUCUAGCAGCGAAUCGUCUAGCAAUAUGGAGAAAGCUAACAAUCUAAGUAUUGACAGUGUGAUCACCGGAAAAAAUCAAAAAUGAAGAUGAAAAUGUGCGAAUCUCAAUCCCUACGCUCUCACAUCUUUCGCGAGAAGGUCAUUUACAAAGAGACAUCAUGUAAUUUUACGCCGUUACUGAUUCUAAUAUAAGUAAGAGAUAGCUUCCCAAAUAUAGUUUGUACGAUGGUCAAUCCAGAAUAAUCUGAACAACGACAAAAGUGUGAAAUUCUCACUGAUGGAACAUUAAUUUUAAUCACGAAUUUAAUUAAGGGACAAACUCCAUUGUCAUUACCUUCGUGGAUACUUUACCGAAAAUGAAUUAAAAUACGAGAGAAAAAAAAAUUCUGAUUGGACGUCAUUACCACCUGUGCCACAAAGCCUCGUUUCCAGGGUCCUCUCUUUUCCUCCCUCGAUAACAAAGUUGAAUUAUGUUUAAUUCAAGUCGUACUGGAUCAUUGAAUAAGUCACGAUUAAAUAAUCAUAGAUAACUUUUGGGGAUCAAUUUGUCAAAUAACUCCAUAAUAAUCCUAUUUUCCCCUCUUUUCAGUAGUUCUGGCCAUCACCUGCUACACUUGCACACCAAACCCACCGACUGUGGCAUGCACAACACUGGGUGAUUUGAAUGUCACCGAUUGUGACGCGGAUCCGAAUAUACCAUCUGGUAUGGCUGACGUGUGUUUCAAAGUGUUAACGGUAACGAAAAUGGGACAAAUAGCACAAAUGACUUCGAAUGUGUUUAGCUGUGGAAUGAAGGUAAGCUUUGAUCCUGCGCAGUUAAAAUUUGGCUUUUUUAGCUAAACUGGUUAAGUUAACUAACAUCAUGGAUAUAGUUUAAAACCUAACCCUAAGUUUUUUUUGAAAUUCCAUAAAAGUAAGAUCUCGUCUCGUCAUUUCGGCGUCAUCACGACGCCUUUGAGAGUAGAUUAAAACGGAAGAAAAAGCGAAGCGACUGUUUCAGUGAAUGGUGUGGAGGUACAGGGGGCAUAGCUAGGGGGGUGGUCCUGGUUGGGUAUAAUUAGGGGGUGUCCUGUGGUGAGGCUUGAAUAUGGAGUGUUCCGGGGAUGUUAUCGGACCCUUGUCUAUUUUAGAUAGGUUCGGCUUUCAGUCUAUUCUAUAAAAAUCUUAGUUCUGUAAUUCAGAUUCGCGAGAGCGUGCUAAUCCGAAGAAUCUUCGUGGCAUAGACCUUAUAGGGUUCUAGGAACCCUAUUUACCUGUCCUUCUCACCGUGUGAGCUCAGAUGAACUCGAGCUCAAUGCUACACAUGAAAGCGCAGCGGUGUAAGCCACUUUCAUGUAAGACGCGCGGAACUACGCCUCUGUGAUGGUGUGGAACAAUUUCAAACAGUCCCAGUUUAAUUUAGAAUUUCGACACAGUUUGAAACUAUUCUGGAAUAAUUUCUUGUGCAUCAAUCUAGGCAAAGAAAUGAAUCACCUGUAAACAAUCAAAGUUCUCGCACAAAUCUCGUUGCAAUUAACCCAUUCAGAAGCUCGGAUAAGUGUUUCAAUGUAAGAGCAAGGGGUGGGAUGGGGAGUACAAUAAUAAUUUUAAUCUAACAGGUUGCAAACAAACAAGUUUGUUUUAUGAUAAAACAUUUCCACUUUUCCAGAAAGGAUGGUUGGUGACACGAAAGCUUUGACAAUUUCUUUUCCCCCCUCUCCCAGCUUAAUCCAUAGAAAUGUUCAAGAAAAAACUCUUUUCGACCAUUGCUAUCAUAUAUUUUAUUUUUUCCUAUUUCAAUCUUUACACAGUCAAUGUGCCAAGACCUCCAGGCAAAGUAUUGCAAUGCCUCGCAACUGCAACCUGGAAUGACCUAUGAAAAAUGCGAGGCCACGUGCUGUGAACAGAACAAGUGCAAUGGGCUUGCAAACAGCACCUCGCCAAGUGUAAACGCCUCACCAAGUGGCCCCGCAACCAGUGGUGCCACAGCAUACAACAAAGUUGUAUCAUUCGCCACCACCUUUACAAGCGCACUAUACGUGGUUUUUUUUUUUGUACUGACUUUGAGCAGUGAUCAUUGUAAGAGUUGCUAAAAACAAUGUUUACUAGGUGCUAAAAUAUGUUCGUUUUUGUUUGUUUUUUACUAUUUAAAGACAAAUAAUUUAGUUUCAUAGCCGAUCAAAUUUCCCAUCGUUUGCAAUUACUCUACACACAGUGUAAGUGAAUUAGUUGGCCAUCCGCUGGAUUCCCCCUCGUAUCAGAGUUAGACAAGUCCAGUAAAUUGCACAGAACUGUUGUUAUUGUUAAACGCUAAAUAGAUCAGAGUGAUUGAUCCACGGUCCUUCAAACGGAACCUUUGAGUCAAUAGAACACAGAUUUCAAAAAGUCAACAAUGUAAUCUUAAUUGCAAUAGGACAAAGAUAGAGCGAAAAUUUCUCAUCAAAUUGUUUGCUUAGAAAGGGUUUAUGUAAAUGAGGUGCUUAAUUCUGGUGUCUGUGUCUGUUCAGGUAGGUUAGUCUCAGUGUGAGUUCAUUUUUCAAUAAAUAGAUGAUCAAUAAUCAAAAUUUUGGACUUAAGACGUAUUGUUUUCCUCAUACAGAUUUUCAGUUUGAUAUGGCACCCACUAAUACUUAUACAGUGUUCAUUAUAGCUGCUAUUCCUCUAG